AUGUCGCGGCAUCGUUUUGUACGUGGCCUUGAUCUGGAUGAGGAGCGAGACGUUGCUGAGAGAGAUGAUACGGACGAUGGCAUGACCCCGGAACAGCAAGAGCAGAUGGCAACUUCGAUGCCAAUAGCGAAGGCUUUUCUGAAAGAUAUAAGGCCUCCAAUAUCGGACGACGCGAUCGCACAGUCGCUCUGGCAUUACUGGUUUGAUGUGGACAAGGCCGUCACUUGGCUCAGAAAGGAUUGGGAGAAGAAAGGCCAGCCGAUACCGAUCGAAUUGCUCCCUUGUCCUGGUGGACCUCGCCAAAGGCCUCAUCGACCCUCCCAUUCUGUCACCACCAGUGCUGCACCCGAUUCCGCUAUGAAAAACCUUUCUAUCAAUACCACAUCAUCCCAAUCAUCCUCUUCGACUCACGAAACCGAAGUAACACCCCCUGCACAAGAGUCAAGCAAGCCAAUGUCGAAACUCGCUUUACUGGCCCAGAAGCGUAGAGAAACAGCUCAAACGUCGUCUUCCCCUUCUUUCCAGUCUGCUCCAGCAGUCAAUCAGCCCCUGACUUCUCGUCCAGAAGCACCAUCCCCCAAACCUCUGUCCAAAUUGGCCCAGAAGAUGGCAGCCGCUCGUGCAUCGAAAACCCAGCCGGGGACUCCAGCUUCCGAUACCACCGAACAUCGGUCUGCGGGGAUUGUCUCGACCAUGAUGAGAGACGUAGAUCAUGCAAGCCAUGACGAGCUGUAUCCAGCUCCUGGCUCCACCUCAAACCCCAUCAUGGCUCCCUCCGCGUUUUUCAACAUCCUUACGAAGUCUACACCGGCAUCUGCACCAUUUCCUCAAUUCACUUACCACAACCAUAUACCCACCGUAUUCGACGAAGACGAUCUCAUCAGACGUAUCCACGCCGCUUUCUCAGACGCCGAGAGCCCAGACGACAUUGUUCUACGCGCGCUUGCCAAAGCCUCUUCACCUGCCACACCUUCUACACCUAAGUCCGUCUCACAGCCUGGCAAACCUCGAAGCCAACCCGGGAGUUUGAUCAAAUCCGCGACUCAACCAGGAACACCACGCAGUGUUCCUAAGCCAAAAGCAUCCAGUUCAGGUAAUCGGACACCUACCACUCCGGGCCCGAGUGGAUUAUCCACCGCGCGACAAGAUCUGGAAGGUUUGCACUUAGGUGAGAACGCAGAUCAAGCAGACCUCGACAGGGAGAGGGAAAAGUUCAAGGAGAAAACUGUGGUCAGCGUGAAGCGAGAGGAUCUCAUUGCCAAGGUCAAAAGGGAAGAAGCGGAAUCCGGGAAGCAAAAUAUGAGUUUGAUCGUGGUCGGACAUGUUGACGCUGGGAAAUCGACUCUGAUGGGUCGGUUAUUGUAUGACAUAGGCGAAUUAUCCGAAAAGGAGAAGACUGCCAAUGAGAGAGGUAGCAAGCGUGUAGGCAAAAGUAGUUUUGCUUUUGCCUGGGGCUUGGAUGCUUUGGGUGAUGAAAGAGAUCGAGGGGUCACCAUCGACAUUGCUACCACUCACUUUUCGACUCCGCAUCGCAAUAUCACCCUUCUUGACGCACCUGGGCAUCGUGACUUCAUUCCGGCCAUGAUCUCCGGAGCCGCGCAAGCUGAUGUGGCCUUGUUGGUUGUUGACGGCUCCCCCGGGGAGUUCGAAGCUGGUUUUGAGCGCGGCGGGCAGACCAGAGAACACGCUUGGUUAGUUCGAAGUUUGGGAGUCAAAGAAAUAGUGGUCGGCGUCAAUAAGAUGGACUUGGUGGACUGGUCACAGGAUCGGUAUGACGAGAUCGUCGAUUCUUUGAAACCCUUCUUGGUAUCUGCUGGCUUUACCGCCAGCAAGACUGUUUUCCUCCCUUUAGCCGCUAUGGAGGGUACGAAUGUCCUGGUCAACGAGGAUCCGCUAUUGAAAGCAUGGUAUGAUGGUCCGACUUUGAUCGAUACAUUGGACAAGGCCGAAGUGCCCGCACGACCCUACGAAUCACCUCUUCGAAUCCCCGUAUCAAACGUCUUCAAAGGUCAAACCGCUAUCGCUUCUGGCGUGGCAGUCUCAGGUCGAUUAUGUUCUGGUGUGGUUCAGGUAGGAGAUCGUCUUCGCGCGAUCCCUGGAGAUGAGGUAGGUAGUGUUAGAACUAUCGAGGUGGAUGACGAGUCUGCUCCAUAUGCCACCGCGGGUCAAAAUGUCACUUUGUAUCUAGCGGGUAUCGAUCCGAUACAUUUAGCUAUCGGAACCGUCCUCUGUCCUCCUUCCCAACCUGUGUCCUUGGUAUCGAAGUUCACAGCGCAAAUACUGGUAUUCGAUCUUCAGUCACCCAUAAUCUCCGGAACACCGGUCGAGUUAUUCCAUCAUUCUGUCAACCUGCCCGCCACCAUCUCGAAGCUGAUCUCAAUCAGCGAAAAGGGACAAGUCACAAGAAAGAACCCUAGAGUGCUACAGAAAGGCACGACAGCUACUGUUGAGUUGACAUUCCGACCGACUGGCGGUAGUUCAAAAGUACCAACUUUGGCUCUGGAGACAGCGGCGGAGAAUAAGGAGAUGGGAAGGGUGUUGAUCAGACGUGGAGGUGAGACUAUAGCCGCUGGUGUGGUGAUGGAGAUCCUGGCUUGACGUUCUUAAAGUACGCCUCAAUCUUGUAGCUGCUUGGUUUGCAUUGCAUUUUGCCG